AUGUUGUACAAGUUGCUGAACGGUGCUGAGUUUGGGAAGUUGGCGGAGAAGUGUGUUCAAGGGGGCACACGGCUUGUGGCGCUCGAUGCGACGUGGUUCAUGCCGAACGUCGCAAGGGAUGCGUUCGAAGAGUUUAAGAUGCCAGGGGUCCGCAUCCCACAGUCUGUGUUCUUCGAUAUUGACAGCGUGAAGGACGUGGAGUCCCCCUUCCCGCAUAUGGCCCCCUCGCUAGCGGUUUUCAACGAGAAGAUGGGCCAGUUGGGGUUGCGCACGGAUGACACACUCGUCGUGUACGACCGUGUGGGUAACUUCAGUAGUCCACGGGCAGCAUGGACCCUAGCGCUGUUUGGUCACAAGGAAUUGUACCUGUUGAACAACUACAACUCGUACAGGGCUGCCGGUUUGCCCCUCGAGGACACGACUAUGGACUCUGAGACACGCUUCCCACGCACAGUGUACGAGUCCCAAGUGGACCACACCGCUGACCAGAUCGUCAGUUAUGAGCAGAUCGUGGAACAUGUCCGUAACGAAGACUUUGCCUCGGGGAAGAUUAACUUGUUCGACGCAAGAGCGAACCCACGGUUCACCGCUGAGGCGCCCGAACCAAGAAAAGAGAUCCCCUCGGGCCACGUCCCAGGUGCCCAAUCUCUACCCUUUGGUGGGCUACUACUGCAGGGACCCACAGGGACCGAGGACCAGAAACUGUACCCGGAGUCCCCCGAGGAGACCGCUAAACUCGUUAACGAAACCAUCGCUAAGUUCAACAACGGCGCUCAAUUGGAUCCGAAGAAGCCCACAGUGUGUAUGUGCGGGACCGGGAUCACCGGGUGUAUCAUCAAAACAGCCCUAGAGCAAAUGGGACUCAACGAUGUCAAACUCUACGACGGAUCCUGGACAGAGUACGCCCUACGGUCCAAGAACGACCCCACGUUGCUUGCCAGAGGGUGA